CUACCCUGAUACUAAUAGUGAAUUUCAAUAUUAGUAAAUUAGUGAUUUUAGUGAAUGAGCUCAGUGCUCCCUAAAAACAUGUUUAGGCUGAUUAACAUAUUAAUCCUAGUGACUGGAAUCCAUGCUGUCUGUAAAAGACAGAAAACUAUCAGUUCAGGGGUUUUGUCGGGUGAAUAUUAUUUAAAAGAAGAAAACUCUAAAUAUUGUGGAGAUGGGUGCUUGUAUUCGAGACAAGAUGACCCAUUGUCCCAUCAUAAUCAACCUUUUGGGUACUGCAUGGAGUUUACUGACGACUGUUCAUGUACAGGACACUGUGGUCCUCUUCCAGGUCUAAAUGAUGGAAAGUUCACAAAAUGUAAAGAUGCUAAUGGUGUCCUUGUGAAUAUAAGCCCAUUGACCGAACCCGAAGAAAUCAAGUAUCCUGAAGGGACUAGAUGUACUUUAGACUGUUCAAGAGAACAAUCACAGACAAGAACACUAUUAAUUGGACCUGCUCUUAACUCCAGGUAUUAA